GUAUCGAGGGACCCUCUUAGCAGCUGUAGGCAUCGAUGGAAAUGGCUGAUUGUUUCCACUUGCUUUUGCAGUGGUGGAAUCGGAGAGCAAUGAAUCUUGGAUUUGGUUCCUACAGAAGCUACAACAACUUUUACCAGUGGUUGCUAAUCGACAGAAGUUGUGUAUCGUUUCUGAUAAGCACCCAGGAUUAGUACGCGGGUGCAGGAAAGUAUUUCCUAAUGCUGUUCAUAGGCAUUGCCUUCGUCACUUACGUGAGAAUUUCAAAAAGAUGGUCCGUCGUUUGGGAACUCUAGAUAGUGAGGGUUUGAGUAACAAAAUGUAUUUUGCCGGGAAUACCGACGAUUAUGCAUAUUUCAAUCGAAUGAUGGAUGAAAUUAAAAUGACAAAGCAGGAGGCAUUCGAUUGGUUGGUCCAACGCGAUGUUGCUAAAUGGACCCUAUUAUUUGAUGAAGGCUAUCGUUAUGGUAUCAUGACCACAAACGCAUCUGAAUGUUUUAACGGGGUUCUUAAACGAGCCCGAGGAUUGCCGAUUCAAGGAUUAGUAAUGGCUAUUUAUUAUAACCUUGUAGCAGUAUUUUUAAGAAGAUCAGCUGAAUCUGGAAAGUGGGUUGAGGAAGCCCAAUCUAAGUUUGUUCCACGCACCAUGCUUGUCUUACAAAAAGCUGAACGUGAGGUUAGACGGUGUCCUGAACCAGUCAUGAUUAAUAGGAAUGAAUUUGAAGUUAUUGAUACGUCUUCUCGAGCAAACAAGGUCGAGAUAAUAAAUACAACCACCUGUACGUGCACAUGUUUGAAACCACAAAUUUUUCAUGUUCCUUGCGUUCAUGUCGUUGCAGUCGCUGGUCAUAGGCGGUGGGAUCAUAAUGCUUUCGUAUCACAAGUAUUUAAGGUCGAAGAGUAUAUUGAUACGUACUCCAAAGUUUUCCAUGUGUUCCCCCCGAAAGACAUAUGGCCUAUCUUCACUGAAGAGCAGGGAAUAAUUCCUUUGAUGGCACCAAGUUUUCGUCGUCGUGCAGGCCGACCACGGAUGAAUAGGUUUCGUAACACGAUGGAUGAACCCCAGAGUAGAUCAAACAAAGCCUGUGGUUUUUGCAAACAAAUAGGCCAUAAUAGAUCAACUUGCCCACACAAUCCUUCAUCAUCAAGGUAAAGUUUUUAUAAACCUUAUAAUUUUGCUGCAAUAAAUUUAAACGUUAAAAUCAUAUGAUUUAUUUAUAUUUUAUUUUUGAUAGGUAUGGCCGACCGUUCUAGACGUGCUCGUUCUGGUCGACGUACAUCGCAUCGUACUACUGCAGAAACAGUUCCAGUGCAGCUUAGUAUCGCAUCACUUGGAGAUUCUCAUAGAGCGCAUGACCCAGAGCAUGCCUCUCCACUGGUAGCGUCAUCUCAUCUGCGAAUGGCUAGAGAGUGGCCAAUUCAGUGCCCUCGGAUGAUUUACGUAUUGACUAACCUUGGGUUUCAUAACCUCAGGCAUUUGCAGUUCAUUAGACUGGAUCACAACCUGAUUCAGGCAUUGGUUGAGCGAUGGUGCCCAUUAACAAACACAUUUCAUUUAACAAUUGGUGAGAUGACAAUCACAUUACAGGAUGUUCAAAUUUUACUGGGGCUUAGAAUUGAUGGGCCUGCAGUGGUUGGGCCAAAUGUUGUUGGGCAAGGACGUAUUUGGCCGACAUGGCCAAAUUGCUGUGACGAGAUACUUGGGACCCAUCCCAGGAGGGAGACAGUAUACCAUGACCCCAAUGAUGAGCAGGACGUUGCGACCUUUAGGAUGGGUUCAUCACAAAUUGAAUCUAUGCUCCCACUACGUUGGCUCCGUUGGACAUUUUACAGAGAGUCUUAUGAUGAUUUGGCACCAGAGAUUUUCCUACGACAUGUUCGUGCAUACAUCCUAUUCAUGAUAGGCUGCUUUCUAAUUUCGGAUACAUCACGGAGUCAUGUUUCGCUACAAUGGCUACCUCUACUAGCGGAUGUAGACAGUUUCAGUAGGAUGUCGAUUGGUGGUGCUGUUCUUGCACAUCUUUAUAGGGAGCUAUGUCAUGCUACAAGACCAACAAGGACAUAUAUAGCGGGAUGUGUAACACUACUGCAGGUUUGGUCCUGGGAACGAUUGUACAUUGGUAGACCGACACUGCGAGUCCCUCAGAUUAUUGACUUGGCUGGCCGUCCAUUGGGUUGCAGGUGGGCUGAAGAUAGGAUACGUGAGCUACCUGCAGGCAAUACAAUGACGUAUAGAGAUGAGUUUGAUGGGUUGCGUAUGAGUCAGGUUAUCAUGACCCCAUAUAACCAUACAGUUCUAGCUGCUCUUCCAUUAUAGUAUCAUGAUGGAGAAGAGAUUUGGAGGGCACAAGUACCCCUUAUUAGUUGGAAACGUGCAGAGUGGCACCUUCCAGAUCGGGUUGUUAGACAAUUUUCAGGAUUACCAACCACUGUAAUUGAACCCAUGGAUCAGUCUUUCAGGCGCGUUGAUGGUAGGGGUCGAGCAGAUCAAGAUUGGACAGUGCAGUACCGUGACUACCUCCAGAUCUGGGAGGAGAGAAGGGCUUAUGUGGUACCCAUCACUCCAGUCAACGGGACAGGCAACCAAGAACUUGCAGCUUAUCUACGGUGGUAUAGAUCUUGGGCGUCUAUCUACCUAUUAAAACCUCAAAUUGAGCCUCCGGAGACCUUCUUUCCUCGAUCACCUGGCGAGAGAUUAGUGGUAUGUAUUGAAUUGUUACGUAUUAUUAAUGUUCUACUUAACAUUUGAGAAAUUCAAAAUUUUCUUUAGGCGGAUUACUAUAUACGUUCAUCUGCGAUACUUGAGCCACUAGCCGGUGGUGGGGGUCAAAAUGCUAGUUCAUUGCAGAUGGCUAUAGAUCAGGUAGCUGAGUUGUCUGCCCGAGUUCAACAAUCAGUUUAUAUCGACUACACUACCUUCGAUACAUCCACGGAGGCAGAGCAACAAAGGAGAGAACGUGCAGACACUUCUCAUGACCAGCAGCACACUAGACGAUCUGUUUCAGAUGCUCCUUCCACAUCGAUGGGAAGUAGGCACCGACGGAAUGUGGUGCCGGACCCGCAUCGGCAUUCCGUUCAUACACCAUCCAUGGCCUACGGUUACAUGGGACCACGUACUUCAGCACCACAUUGGAGCCCGCACGUUGAGCAGUCUACUCAACCAGGACAAAUUUAUUAUGACACACAAUACGGCCAAACCAGUGGGCAAGCAUUAUUUCCAAUGGCCAUUCCACAGUGGAUGUCAUCAGUAGGAAUACCUUCA